GGAGGAGGAGGAGGAGGAGCGAGGCCUGUCCUAACAAGCCACCUCCAGGGACAAAGGCAAGAUGGUACCCAGUCCCCUCGUCCUAUCAACCGGGCCGAAACCUUGAGCCUUCUCCGAGGUCAAUCGACUAACAGGAGCUGGGCGAAGAGGAACUCUGCAAAGUUGGCCCCCGAAAUGAACCCAUCCCGCCUUUCCAUAUCUUGGAGCAGCACCAGGAGGAAAGGGUUGAAGGAGCUUCUCCUGCAGAGCAGUCAAGCCAGCCCCACCUGGAUUACACCUUCCCCCAAAGAGUCCGUCUCGACGGAGACCCAACGGGGAGAGGAUCAACUCUCGGAGGUGAAUUCUGAGGAGUUGUGCUUAGCUCUGGACCCCUUGGAGCACGAAUGGAUGUUGACCGUGGCCCAAGGGGACGCCGAAAGCAUCCUCAACCUCUUAGCCAAGGAGCCCAGCUUGCUUUCCAGGAGAGACUUUGUCACUGGUUUCACCGUCCUCCAUUGGUUGGCGAAACACGGCCGUCACGAAGAUUUGAUCCAGGUGAUGUCUUUUGCAGAGAGGAACGGCUACCCAACCAACGUCAAUGUACUCACGGCCAGCGGGAGGCUGACCCCUCUCCACUUGGCUGCUCUCCAGGGUCACACGAUGACCAUCAAGGUCCUAGUAGGAGCCUUCGGCGCCAACACCAGCCUCAGGGACCACAAUGGCCGCAAAGCCUGGCACUACCUCCACGCCAACGCUCCCAGAGAGUUGAAGGAACUCCUGGGAGCAACCGAAGACGACUUGGCCAUCCCCGGAGCAGGGAACACCAAUAACAACUGCGCUCCGUCAAGAAGGGGUUGGAUCGGGGCCUUUAGGACGGAAAACCAAAAUGCUGAGCCUGCAAGGAACCCUUCCAUGGGGUCUUAUUUCAGGAACAUCUUCAGGCAAGCCGUUGCAUUCUUCCAAGAUCAUUAGAUUUCUCCCACUGUGUUUUUGAGUUCAUGGCUGGGAUUGAUCUUCAUGGCGCCGUUAGAGAAACGGCAGGUUGUUAAGACGGCAGAGGAAGGGGUAAGGUGGUUCAGAUUAUCUCCCGAGUUUUAGCAAACAUUGGCUUAAAGAAGUGGAUGUGGGGAGGAAGAGACUGAAUGAAACUGGGGCGGGGGGGUUCCACCACAAAUGCGCGCACAACAAAAGCGCGCCUGACUAAACCGCGGUGUCUAAAGCGCGGUGACA